CAGUACCUUCUGUAUUUGGUUUGAUUUCAUUUUAAUUAACAUUUUAAAUUUGAUAAUAUCUCCAAGUACCAUCGGUUAAAAUUUUUCCCCUCGAUUCUAUAUAAAUAUACAUAUUUAGAAGGUGAAACAAUAGUAAAUCCUAAAAAAUUGAAAGAAGUUUGAUUACGAAACCGAGAGGUACGAUUAUUUUAGUUGGUGCUGAUUGUUACUUCAAUAUAGAACACCAGUCAAUAUGUUUUCAAAUUGCAAACUGUUCCUUAGAUAUGGUUACCAUAGAUGCCUCAUUGGCAAUAACUUAUAUAGUACACGGAAAGCGGUGGCUCCUGUAUCCAGCGAAGGAAUAACCAUAAGUGACAAUUGCGUUCAAAAAUUAAAGCAGCUAUGUGCUGAUGACAACAAUUUCUUACGAGUAUGUGUGGAGAGUGGUGGGUGCUCGGGAUUUCAAUACAAAUUUGAUUUGGACACCAAAGUGGCAGAUGAUGACAAAAUUUUCGAAAAAGAUGGAGUCAAAGUGGUUAUUGAUGAGACUUCCUUGGAUUACAUUAAAGGUUCAACGGUCGACUAUCAGACUGAAUUGAUUAGAUCAGCUUUUAGGAUAACACAAAACCCAAAUGCGGAAUUAGGAUGUUCAUGUGGAGCUAGUUUUUCUAUAAAAAUUGAAUAGAUUUAAUGAGAACUGCAAUACAAAAAUUAGGAUAAAAAUGCAAAAUAGAACUGAAUAAAUGUACUAACACAAAGUACCCUGGAAGGAACCUUGCAAACUUAGAAGGCUUUUAUUCUAUUUCGAAGGUAGGAGGAGGUAAGGAAGAUAAAAGUCCUAAACUAAUGAAUAUAAUAUUUUCAUGCAGUUUUUGUCUACUUAUAGAUAUAGGACAAGGAAGGAAAGUUAUAAUCAUAUAACUUGUACCUGCACGAAGUCAGGUUGCUAGUAAGGAAUGGAAUAAAAGUACAUACUUUAGCAUCUUUGUAAAUUUUAUUUUAAACUCAGCUAGUUAUUCUGUGAUAUAACUAAUGAAAUAUAUUUAAUUGUGGUCAGUUAAAUGUUUGAAAAUAUGAUUUAUUGAUUCAAGUGAGAAGUUUUUGUGCUAUUAGUUAUAUAAUAAUUACCAAAAAUAUAUUUAUUUUAAUUUUUAA